GCUUGACAACAUGAAUCAUUCGGUGCCAAGUCGUCGUUCCUACCAGUUCUUCAGCGCGUUGCUGGACAUCGUGAUCAUCUUCUGCGAUUUUCUGGCGUUCCCUGUUCACCAAGAUGGCACAUAGGAAGUAAGGAAGCUUGACGUUCUGUGGCCUGGCUGAAAACGAAGUGACCAGACUGGAUUUUGUCAAGGCAAAGGUGGUGGUCUUCAAUCGAACUCGAAGCUCCAACACGAAUCCUCCUGAAAGCUUCAGAAUUUAAUGUUGUCACGCGAACGCCACGGAAUAAAGUCCGCUAAUCGCAGCAGAAGCCAAAUUCGUCCACCUUCCUCUAAAAUAAAGGUUUACAGCUUGGUGGGUCGUGGCUGCUAAGACAUUUUGCUGCUGGUUGUGGGAGAAAGUGCACCAACGUCAAGAUGAGCCAGAUUACGGGGGAUCCCAUCAUCAAGACCCUUGAUGGUCCGUCUGACGGAUUUCACUUGCUUACCUACUUGGAGGACUUCAACGACCACUCCCUGAUGGAUCGACUGGGAAUCGGUGUCCCAGUGGAUGGUGAUGCACCAGUACAGACGAUGGCUGAAAAUAACUCUAAAUUGCUGGACUUGAAUGCCAGUCAGUAUGCCACCUUGCAGGCAGGGACUCCUCGGCCAGACAGGGCCAAUAAUGCCGCCCAAACCGGUUAUUAUACGAUUGAUAUAGAUGAAUUGCCAGGCUGUCAGGGAAAUGCAGAAGUCUCAGACCCACUUGCCAUUGACAGUGCUGGCAGCUUUGCAAUGGAUUCCUAUGAUGAAACCUUUGUCCAGAGCAAUGCUACCGACAAAACUACCCGUAUUGUUCUUCACACCUCAGACAACAUUGCAGGGGAAAGUAAUGACCCAUUGGGACUGAAUACAUCGUCCUCCACAGAGCAGAAAAUAAUCCUGGCUCAAGAGAAACCAAAUCAGUACUUUAUAAUUACUGGUGACCAUUGUCAGGUUCCAAUAAACUUAUUGGAAACACAUACCACCUUGCCAUUAGUAUCCUUAGUAUCACCCAGUCCAGUUGUAAACACAAUUGCAUUGGAAGCCGCCCCUGGAAAUGAUGGAGUACCAUAUUCUGACAACCAGCCGAACACAUUUGGCACAGUCACACCGCCUGGGAAAAGCAGUCAGCCCAAACCCAGAGCAUCCCGUCGUCAGAGGCCGAAAAAGCCUAAGAAGUAUGAAAUGACCCAGGAGCUCCAUGACCCAGCAGAGGAGAAAAAGAGGCUGAACGCCAUAAAUGCUAAGAGGAAUCGGGAUCGAAAGAAAGACAAGUUGAAGGAACUCGGAGAAAAAGUCGAGGCUGUCACCAAGGAGAGAGAUGCUCUGCUGAAGGAAGUAGAAGAACUGAAGAGGCGUGAGAGGCAACUGAGAGAACUGCUCCUUUCCAAGCACAAUAUUAUGUUGUAGACAUGGAGUCAUUUAUUUUCAAUCAUUGGAAGUUGAAUGUGGUAAUCAAUGGUGGGAAACCUGUAAGCAUCAGUCACAUUCGUAAGGUAAAGAAUAUAUUAUGUACUUAGACCAAUAUACAUGAUACGUAAAUUUAGGAUUUGUCUCGUAAGUAAUCCAGGUGAUCAGAAUCCUGAAACUGUUGUUUUCAACUUGCCUCGAUUUGACGAUUUGAUAAAAUUGUGGGCAGAGUGAGUGAGAGUGCCCCCGGGUUAAGAACUCCGCUGCCUUGUUAUUCCAUGUCAUCUGCCAGCAUAAAGCCCAUGUAUAUAACUUGAACUCUUCAAGGUUAACUUAAAAUUCUAGCAAUUAUAUUUUUUCUUACAGUGUGUUUGUAAAUUAAGUGCUUCUUGGGGAUUUGCCACAAUAUUUUAUCCUUCCCAGCCACUUUAAAAGCUUGCAGAGUCUGUCUGAAGUGAUUUGAGCUCUACAUAGCAUAGGGUGAAAAACAUUUAGCUCCACCCUAAACUGGAAGUUUGAUUCUCUCUUGUAAGUAGAGUUGCCACCUGAGGCUCAGCAAAAUGGAAACAGUUGGCGUGAGCGUGAAGCCCUUAGACCAUCUAAAUGAGGACUCGGAAAUGUUACCUUUUCAGGGGUAUUUUGAGACCAUCUGCUCUUUAGUUGAAGGUGAUGCAGUUGUUAAGUUUCAAUUCUAAUGAGUUUAUUUUGUAUCACACAACCAAAAGUGACAAAGAGGUUGUGUAGGUGUAGUUUGGUGUGUUUUUACUCAUACUUUAAAGUGUCAUUUGAUAAUAAUGCUGCUACUUGAGAAAACUGGAAACAAUUUGCACUGGGUUAUCGAGUGCCGCUCUAAUUUACAAAACAAUUGUGAUUGGUGGCACAAAGCGUUCACUGUCAUUUGAAAACGAUUAGCCAGAUAUGGGACAGAUAGCAUCCCUUGUGGCUUCAAAACGGAAUCCAGCGUCUCGCUCUAAGGAACCAUUGGUGGCACCACUACUGGCAAUGAAUGUUAGAUGUGUAACUGUGAGGAAAGUUAAAGUUAUCCUUCAUGAUCGAAUACAUAUCCACACUUGUGGCUUCAAAACCCUUAUUACCAACAGUAAAGUGUAAGGGCAAGUGCAAGAACGUUGCCUCUAAGAAAAACUUCAUCUAAAUGUUAAACGUGAAAACAAGCAACGUGCAAUGCAGUGGCUACCAUGAACGGUACUCUCACUCUUCAAUCAGUGAUGAAAGUACCUUGAACAGUGCUUUCUUGAUCAUAUGCGUAUGUUUGUGUUUAGUGCCUUGAUACUGUGUUAUAAGCUAGUUGCUAUUCAUUAGAAGUAAAGAUUCUAUGAGUUAUUACUAAAAUCUUAAGAGGCAUAUGUUAGCAACUGGAAGAUUAUUAUAUAUAAUUGUAAUUAUCAUUGUAUCCUGGACACUUUUAUAACAAGUAAUUCACAAUUGGAAACAGUGAAAAUAUAUUUUAUUCAAAAUA